AGGGACCCAUCAGCUAUAGACCUGUCAUUUGCAGCAGGAGUCGUUCGUCUGCUUAGACCUGCCGCGCGGUCUCUUACAAAUCACUUUGUUCCAGUUCUUUUUUACUCAUGUUUUGGGGUGCGAUUGACUCAUUUUCAUAAAUCGGAUCUUUUACGUACUGCUACGAGAUUUUGGAAUAGAGGCCCUUGUUUGGUAUAUAUUUCCGGCUUGGAUGUUUCUGACCUUUUUUUUUCGCAGAAAUUUAGUUUCAUACACAGGACACCGGGAGUUGCAAUAGAAUUUGCCGGACAGCACCGGGCGAGGAUAUAUAAGAUAUGAUGUCGUGAGGGAUUAUCAUUCCAUCGAUCUAUGCAGAGAUAAUACUCGAGUUAUUGAUCGGUGAAUUAUAUUAAAUAAUUACAUUCUAUUUGGAGGACAACCUUUAUUUUAUCGCUUGUCGGCUUGUCGCACUGUCUAUUGGAAUUAAAAGGAAUAUCAUUGUUCGUGAUCGAUUUACUUUGCAAUAGCUUCAUACAUCAUUCCACUGUACUGCUGUAGAAUAAAUAGUGCGUUGGAGGAAUUAUAUAUUCUUAUUUACUUACUUAAUGAGAAAAUGAACACAAUGAAAUCAAUUUUUAUCAGAUGUGGUUGGAUGGCAGGCGUACGGAAUGCUACAAAUAACGUAUCAAGGACGAAAUCGUUACAAAGUAGAGUAGCUAAACAGACGGUAACACUCUUAAUGAUAAUUAUGUAUUUCAUUUCAUCAUGCCAUGCUACAGAACCCGGUCAAUUGAGAUUAAUGGGGAUGAACAAUGGUGAAGGCAUCGUCGAGAUCACACACCGGAAUCAUUGGGGUCUCAUCUGCGCUAGCCGAUGGACAUUUUUCGACGGCGAUGUCGCCUGCAGGCAACUCGGGUACGAGGGCGUCACGCGGGUCAUGCGGGUAACGCCGGGUCGCGAGGACCGUAUCGACGUCGACUUCGUGUUGAACGGUACAAACUGUGAGGGCACGGAGUCCCGGCUGGUAGACUGUGAACAUUCGGGCUUUGGUAAUUUCACAGAGUCGUGUCAACCUAUGAUGUUGCCCUGGGUGUCGUGUAUUGGUGCUGAUAUUCCAGAGGUAACGGAUGCAGUUGGUGGGCUAGAUCUUGAUCCAAGUAAUCACGUACCUGUGCUGUCUGGAAGGAUAUUACCCCCUGUAGCAACUGUAUCAGUGGAGACAUUCCCUGCUAUAUCAGUCCAGCAUGUUGGACAUGAUAGUGUGACGCUAAGCUGGUUAGACUGGUAUGACAGGCUGAGAGCAAGUGAUCCUCGGGUCUAUCGAGUUCGUAUCAUCAUCAAAUACCGGAGGGUGGACCUACCCGGUGUGGAGAGCUCGGAAAAUUACACAAUAGCUGCUGAGGUGCCGACCUACUGGACAGACCAUACGAUCACCGGUCUUCAACCACGGACCGCCUACGAGUUCAUCGUCGAGUCCGUAAGACUGUCCAUGUUUGGCGGGGAGGUCAUCGAACCUCCCAGCGCACCGGUCUAUGUCAGGACUGUUUGCGGGGGUCCACCACCUAUCAGACAUCUACACUUAGAAGCUCCAACGAACAACGCUACAGUCCUCCAUGUCCACUGGACGAUGCCCGUCGACAACGGUUGCUCGUCCGACGAUUAUGUCGUCGAAUACAGGCAAGAGAACGUCGAUCAGUGCGAGAUCGAGAUAUCACCUUUACCAAGCAGGCGGCUAACUGUCGCCGGGGAAACGGGGAAGACGCAUCUCGUCGUCGCAGGCUUACAGCCGUAUUCGAGUUAUACAGUCUUUGUAUCAGCCAGAAAUCAGUUUGGAAGGAGCAUGAAAGUAAAUGCCACCAAGAGGACUUCAGAAACAGUGCCUUCCGAUGUACCCAUCAACAUUCGCCAUAACUUCCAGAGCCAAAACUCUCUGAAGCUGACAUGGGACCCACCCUCCUGCGGAUGGCGGGGCGGUCACAUCGUCACCUACGCCUACAUGCUGAUCGACAUCAACACGGACAGCGUCAUCCACCGGGGCAGUACUCGGAGGGAGUUCGUCGUCUUCCCCGACGUCGAUUCGCUGCAGAGGUACAAGUUCCUGGUGGCGGCCUCCACGCAGAGAGGCGUAGGCCCGUUCGCGGUUUCUGAUAUUCCCGUGGAGCCGAACAUCCUGCAUAUAUGUGGACGGGCUCAGGAAAGGAUAGCUAGGAUCAGUACAGGGAUGCGAGCCCCGCGGGGUGCGGCUCCUUGGAUGGCACAACUCUGGAGUGUCCAAUCUGGGCGUAUGUUCUGCGCAGGUAGCAUCAUCAACGAAUAUUGGAUAAUAACUGCAGCCCACUGUGUCGAGGCGCAAUCGCACUCGGCCUCGACUCUCAAAAUCCAGCUCGGCGACUACGACAGGCUGAUGCCCGAGACACACCAACGCGCGUACGAUGUCGCUGAGAUCGUCGUCCACGAGGGCUUCAACUCGCAAGUCCAGCUCGACCACGACAUCGCUCUCAUUAAACUGAGUGAACGCAUCGAGUUCAACAACUACGUCCGACCGAUCUGUUUUCCCACAACCAAACUUGCCAAGUCAUAUCUCAAGAGUGGCAGUUAUGGCUCGGUGGCAGGUUGGGGUCGCAAAGGAGAAAACAUGGACUACCCUCGGUAUCUCCAUCAGGUCUUCGUCCCCGUCGUCGAGCGGAAAACGUGCCGGCGAGCGACCAGCUACGAUUUCACCUCCAACAUGUUCUGUGCAGGCUUUCGGGAGGCGAACCGAGGCGACGCAUGCGAGGGUGACAGCGGUGCACCCUUCAGCAAGCAACACACCAACGGUCGGUGGUACAUACUUGGUACGGUCAGUUGGGGCGAUGCCUGCGACGACCAGGAUAAAUAUGGCUAUUACACGAGACUGCAUAGGUAUACCUCUUGGAUAAAACGUCACACUAGAGUAAGGACUGAGUAACGGCAGACGAAAUGAGGGGAGGUUGAAAGAUAUUUAACUGAAACAACAAUACCCCUUCUCUCAUUAUAAACUUAUCAAUUUCUGAGUAUAUAUUUUCGACCAAAAAGACUAUAAACACCACAUAUCGAAGAUUUGUUUUUAUUGUGAAUGUUAAUUGCCUUAUUUUUGCCACUUGCUCUGUUAUUUGACAACCACGGAUCGCCACAGAAAUUAAAAUUCGAUUUGUGAGCAUGGGGAUGCGUCAUUCGCAAAGGGACGAAAAAAGACAUCGUGUGCAUCUUUCUUUUGACAGUGUUGGAUUGGUACAUUGCGCAUUGUUCGUGGUGGACAUGACCGUGAUGACAGGCAGGUUUUAAUGGAAGAACGUCAAAAUGAAGAACCAUUUCACUCAACGAUUCGGACUCCGCGGAAUAUUUUUCACUGUUCAUGUACGUAGACAUCACAGGCUGAAAAACAAGGCUUCAAGUUGUAUGCAGAAUGGGAACAGAUGAAGUCCAUGUUUCCUUGCGGCAACCAUGAAAGAUGGAGCUGGUAAACUCUUCUUUUCCACAGAACUGUAAUUACCAAAAUACCAUGGUAUCAACAAACAUCCGAAUUUUCCCAUGCAGUCUGUUCCGAAAUAUUUCAUGCGUGAGGUUUGCAUACUGCGUACGUUUUACCUCGGACGGUAUUAAAAACAGAAAUCGUAAUUAUACAUCUUCGAACGUUGCAUUACGAACGAAACUUGAGACAGUUGCUGUAGAAUUGUUCUUGUCAUUGGACGACAUCAUUAAGCAAGGAUGUGAAAAACUAAUGUGAUAUUCCAGAAUAUUUAAAAAACAAUCUCAUUGUUCUUAGGUGCUUUUCCCCUUUCUGUGUUUUACAAAUGCCAGUUAAUUCAUAAUUAUGUACAUAAAAUCUUAUUUAUUUCGUUAGCCUUUCAAGAUUUUAACCACUUCUUGUGAAUAAUCGUAUUCUUCAUGUGAUUACAUGAAGUCAAAUAUGUAUAUAACGUUAUUUUGAAAAAUAAGUUUUAGUUGUAUUGUAAAGGGUAUAUGAAGGGCCUCCGUGUGCCUUGCGUAGUGCAUCCUUAAAACAAGAAAUCCAGCUUCAUUUCUUUCUUGUUCAGAAAUUAUUUUUUUCAUAUCUGAAUAUAUAUUUUACUUUCGAGAAAGAAAAAUUGAAUUAUUAUAUUACUGAGCACUUCCAAAAUAAAACCGAAACAGCCUAUUUGCCUUUGUUUAAGCACUGCGAUCAAGAGAAUGAUUAAAUAAAUCAGAACGUUCAUACUUUGAAUGUUUAUGUUCGAAUUACAAAAAAAAAUCAGGGCUGUUGUAUAGCUGAAAUGAUAAUGUUCUGAAAUUCUGAUGCGUUUUUAUUAAUGAAUUGUAUCUUUUAUCGCAUAUACGAGGAAUUGAAGUUAUUAGUAAUUGAGUGGUUUCUGUAGAAUUAUGUUAUUAAAGUUUAUUGCUGUAUUUGGUAAAUUAUCUAGAGACCUUAAAGUAGUAUAUUCAAGCAGGGAAGAUGACAGGUCAUUUUUGGUUGGGGGGGGGGGGGCUAAAGGACCCUUUAAUUUGAAAUAAAUGGAAUAGGGGUAUUAUUUAUAGUUCUAAGAUAUGUCUCCCUCUCCCACUUUCUAUUUGAUAAUUUCAUAUAUUCUCUCUUCGUUCACUCCCCCUUCCCCAUCGUUUUUUUUUAGUUCACAUAUUCACUUGAAAAAGUAAAACGGGCAUUUACCCCCCCCCCCCCCCCCCCGUGGUGCCACCCUAUCUUAGAAUCGUUUCCAUGUCAGACGGGAAUUCCAUGCCACUUGAAACGACUUCCGUAGUAAUUCACAAUGAUUCAGCCACAGUACUAAAUGAACGUGAUAUUGUAUUAUUUUAAUGAAUUAUGGUAUUCAAACUCAAGAAGUGAAUAUCUGUUUCGUCUCCUCUCCUCUCCAUGAUAUAAAAUAAAUGUAUAGAUUUAGCUGAAAGUGAAGAGGCCGGCUGAUAUAGAAGUAUGAUUUUAGCUCGAUUGAACUCUGAUGACAUUCUACGAAUCAAUUACAAAACUUGACGGUGACGGUGAAGGCAUAAUUAUAUUCCUACUUUUGCCUUUAGAAUUAUUAUCCUUACUUUUCUUGAGCUUUUUAAACUUUAAUCGUAUUAUGACGAAAUUUCAGCACUUCAGCGUGCAAUGGAAGAUGAGAUCGGUGCUACAAUGUAUUUUCACUUCUUUCGUCCUGUGUUAAUUAUCUGUUCAUAAACGUAUUAUAGACGAACAUGAGACUUCAAUUAUACUGUACAUGUAUGUUGUUUAAUACGAGGUUAUUGAGACGAAGAGAUGAUAUAAUAUUCUGUUCAACCGCAAAUUGAGUUAGCAGAAUCGUUUAACACCCCAGUAUAUGACAAUUCAACGGGUGCCUGCAGUUUACCCAAUUUCACUUCGACCAGGUAAAAGGCCAUAGGCCUGUAAGAAAAAAUUGCAAUCAAUGAAUUACUAAAAUUAGGAUUACGGUCUCUGCAUGCCAUAAAUAUUUAUUAGUAGAACUGGAAAUAUCGACUAUCACUUCUCAGAAACUUAUAUGAUACUGGAUAUUGUCAUGUAUAUACCUUACUCCCGUUUAUUUGCUAUAUCCGAUUUUAAUUUAUUUUCGCAUGGGAACCAACAUUUCAAAGUUGAUAUAUCACGUAAAAUGGCAACGUCUGAAACCAUCUAUGAGAGGCAUGAAUGAAUGCAACCAUGCUUGCGUGUAUAGGUUACAUGGCUUCAUAUUACUCAUUGCUUUACACCUAUCAUCCGUUUUAGGGACAUUCCGUGAUGGACCCCACCCAAGGCCCCCUCCUUUAUACGUACCCCUGUGGAAUAUUCGGUGUAUUUCUAGCUUGAACGGGUAAGCUCAUGGUCUCUGACUGACUGAUAAUGGGUCAGUCGAGAAGGUUGUUGGAUGGGUCGACCUGGGGAGCUUUGGUAAAAGCGUCUUGUUUGUGAAUCUUUCAAUGACAAAUGUUAUCAGCUCCUGAAAUCCUUGUAUUUGAUUGGUUGUAAGCAUUUUUUUUCAGCGAAGAUCACAAACAAGACCCUUCGUAAAAUGGUUCCCUGUCUGGAGGUCAGCUCAAAGGUAUAUAGAAACACAAUAGGGAGCAUACCGUAAGGGGUGGCAUUUCAUAAAGUGUUUUUUCACUGCUUUUAACUGAAUAAUUUGGCCUCGACCAAUCAGAUGCAAGGAUUCGCGGUAGCUUAUAUCAUUUAUAGGCGAAAAAUAUUCAUGAAACGCUCCCCAGGUCUCUCUCGUCACUCAAAAAUUCUUGCAUCCUGUUCGAGAGGUUGGCUUCGACAAACUCAAUUAGAAAGUGGCAAGGAUGUCAAAAUAAAACCUAGGAAACGAGUACAAGACUUGACCUUCUAUUACAGAAAGAAGGACAUGAAGUGGGCUAUAGGGGUGGAGCUCCCAGGGUAUACAGAAAAAAAGAACUUUCGAAACAAUCAUAUAUCAGGGCGAAUGACGCUAUGCAUGUCGUUCAACAUGUUCAAGGUAUCUAGAGCUUUGUCAAAAUGCGUAAUAGCGCCAGCUAUUGUCGCGAUUGUGUGUGUCGGUAGUUAAUUUGAAUCCUCUGUGGGAUAUUUUGUAACAAAAUGCAAAACAGGUCCCGUUUCAUAAAAGUGUAUAUCAGUAACAAAUGAAAUUCUAUUGUGAUGGAUCUACUAGCAACCAAUAAUGAUAAAACGCUUUCAGGAGCUUAUAACUUUUAUCGUAAUUUUGUUAUCCAAAAUGUUUUACGAAAAUGAAUCUUUUAUAUUGCUGAAGAUAAAAAGCAAGGUUGUCUUUUUUAUUUAUAUUUGAGCUAUAGGGGAAAUAUACAAAUAAUUUAUUAAAAAUAUUUCGAAAAGAGAUAAGUC